AUGUCUGCUGCUAACCCUAUGAUUUUAACCGGAGAUUCAUUCGAAUCUGCCGAUGUUUUCAAUUCUGCGUCUGCUACUUCUGAUCGUACUUUGGGCAGCCAAAUGCUUGCCAUGAAAGCGUCAGAAAAUAGCGAAGAGUUAAACUCCCACCUCCCUCCUGUAAUCGAAGCCAUGGGAGGCAUUGGUGGUGAUUUUGACGCUUCACCACUUCACGUCCAGUCCUCGGUAUUAGACUCCGUGUUUAGUACCACCUUAGAGGGCAAUGACGUCCAAGAUCACACUCCUAUGUUUGAUGAGCUUGACCUCAUUAUGGACGGUGCUAAGGUGAACCUGCUGGAUGAUUGGGUUGCCUUGUUUGGUGAUGAAUCCGAAGAGACUUCGGUUCCUGAACUGAGCUUGGUAACUCAUGAAGACAUCAAUCUUUCUGAGCUAAAAGAUUUUGCGCAGCCAAGCCGCAAGAGAAUGUUCUCAGAGGUUGAAUCGUCUACUGUAUCUUCUAUGAAUGUGCAGGACCAGCUAUUCACCCCAAAGACAUCGUCCUCAUUGCCAACACCCGUUUUGGACAAUGAAACUUUGAAACCCUCGAGGUCAUCGACUAAGGUUGAUCACUUGGGAUGUGUUACGUACUCCAAGAAGCAAAGAUCCCAGCCUUUACCUCCAGUUGCUACUGAAUCCACAGACCCUAUUCUGUUGAAGAGAGCCAAGAACACUGAAGCCGCUCGUCGGUCUCGUGCUCGUAAAAUGGAACGUAUGUCUCAGUUGGAAGACAAGGUGGAGAAGUUGAUGGGAGAAAAGUCAGAUUUAGAGCUGGAAGUCAAUCGCUUAAGAGAAAUACUAAGAGCGAAAAACAUCAGUUUCUAA